AUGGCCAGUUGGCGAAUAAAACCCUUAGAGUCCACACGUGGCUUAUUAGUUACCGCAUCCCACGAGAAAUCCAGCAAAACUAUAUACAUAAAUUGGUCCUUCGAGCCGGAUAACGGUGAUAAGAAUAGGCGAAGCAAACGCCACAAGCAAAUUUUGAGGCAUCCAGUGUCGCGAAAAGCCAAAAUCGCGAAGAGGAAUUCAACGGCGAUCGGCACCAAAGCUCGAUCGCACUUCGCUUCAAGGUCAAGCAAGACAAUCUGCGAGCAAAGCAGUCGCGGACUAAAAGACAAAGCCAAACGUGGUAAGCGCAACGAGAGCGCGCCAAUCAACGGUGCGAAGGAGGCAGCCAAGCGGUCGGCGAUCGAGAACGCGCCAAGCAACGGUGCGGCGGAGGUAGCCAAGCGGUCGGCGAUCGAGGACGCGCCAAGCAAAGGUGCGGCGGAGGUAGCCAAGCGGUCGGCGAUCGAGGACGCGCCAAGCAAAGGUGCGACGGAGGUAGCCAAGCGGUCGGCGAUCGAGGACGCGCCAAGCAACGGUGCGGCGGGGCAGCCAAGCGGUCGGCGAUCGAGGCCGCGCCAAUCAACGGUGCGGCGGAGGCUGCCAUCGAGUCACUUUCCGACGACGCUGAAGCUAAUCUACCUUCAAAAAAUAGAAUCAUUUGAAACAGAUUACUAUGAGGUGGUGGCAGGUGCUAACCAAUUGUUGCGUCGGGGAGUAGCACAGGUACAACGUAGCAACCAACUUGAGGUAGGUCAGAAAGGAAGCGGACAAACCGACCAAGCCGGGCCGAGUCCGUUCAGUACACGAACUGAACCGAUUCUCUCGCCUCUUUUUCAAUCAAUCACAAGCAAUCCGACGGGUGUUCGGUUACCCGUGAUAGAACUGCCCAAAUUCAAGGGGGAACUAUCGGAAUGGUUAAAAUUUCGUGACACAUACAAAUCGCUAAUUCACGACAACCCGAACAUAACUAGUGUGCAAAAAUUUCAUUACUUGCAAGCUUCAUUGGAAGGAGGGGCGUUCGAAACUAUAAGCGAAUACGAAUUCUCAGAAAACAAUUACGAGGAAGCAUGGCGUUCCCUUCACGAUAGGUACGAUAAUCCUAAAUUGCUAAUACAAAAUCAUAUCGAUUCAAUUUUCAAAAUAAAAGGCUUGGUCGAUGAAUCUGCGGAGCAAUUAUUAGAAUUGUUAGAUAGCGUUACUAAGCAUACGCGUGCGUUAAAAAAGCUAAAUGAGCCCAUCGAGCAUUGGGACUCUUUGUUAAUCUAUAUAAUCGUAUCAAAGUUAGAUUCCGUUUCCGCAAGGGAGUGGGAAAAGAAAAAGGCGUUAGUGCCGGAAAAAGCAAAACUAAGCGAUCUAACCAAAUGUUUGCGUGCGCGAGCGUUGUUGUUGCAAACCUUGCGAGCGAAAGAUGAUAAGGAAGCAAAUAAACACAAGUUUAAACGCGGUCAACAAGAAAAAACCAAAACUUUCCACGCGGGGAAGAUAACUUGCGCGCUUUGCAAGGAGGGACAUCACAUUCAGGGAUGUGAGUCAUUUCUGAAGCUAGAUACCCAACAUAGGCUUGAGAAAUUAAAAACCCUUAAACUUUGUACAAAUUGUCUCAGGCCCGGUCACUUUGCGAAAACUUGUAAUUUCGGCUCGUGCAGGUUAUGUAGCGCGAAGCACAACACGCUUCUUCACUUCAAAAGAGGAAAAGCCAAUACGGACAAAAACGCUGCACAAGAAGCGUCGAUCGUCGCUUCCACAAUGUGUUCAACGGGUUUCAAUAAACCCCGUAAGGAAGCUAACACUAUUCUAGCCACCGCAUUGGUCAACGUUUCAGGACAAAACCAUAUGAAGAUGGAGGCGCGAACUUUCCUGGAUUCAUGUUCUCAGUCAAACUUUAUAACGCGAAAUCUGUGUAAAAAACUCAAACUGAGGCAAUCGCCUGUUAAUAUACAAAUAGGAGUGCUUGGUCAACUUGGCCCGGGCGUUGAUGGGCAAUGCGAAGUGGAAAUCACGUCGAAGCACAGCGGCUACCGAUUCAAGGUACAUUGUCUAAUCGUGGCUCAAAUCACAGAAGAUCUAAUGCCAAGCUCGGCGUUCAGUCUGGAGUCUAUGGGAAUUCCCCCGCAUCUCAAGUUGGCAGAUCCCUCUUUUAAUACUCCUGGGAGGAUUGAUUUGCUCGUCGGGGCCGAAUGGUUCUGGGAUCUCUUGUGUGUGGGCCAGAAGAAACUUGAAAAUAAUUUGGUCAUGCAAAAAACUAAGCUAGGCUGGGUCGUGGGAGGACCAAUGGCCGCUCCAGCGCCACAACGCGUGGAAUGUUAUUUAUCAAAAGUAGCUAGCAUAGAAAAACAAUUAAUUAGAUUCUGGGAGCUUGAAGAACCGUCGAAGGAAGGGGCCUUAUCAAGAGAAGAAGAGGCGUGCGAAGCGCAUUUCAAAAGAAAUACAAAACGCGACAAAAGCGGAAGGUUCAUCGUUAAACUACCAUUCAAACAAGAGCCGUCUACGUUAGGAGACUCUAGAAAACGAGCGGAGAAGCGGUUUUUGACACUCGAAAGAAAACUGCUGCAUAACAAAGCCUUGCAAGAAGAAUACUCUGCCUUUCUGAAGGAAUAUGAAGAGCUGGGCCACAUGCGAAGAAUAUCGGACAAUGAAGAACCGCCGUAUUCAUAUUACCUGCCCCACCAUUGCGUGAUUCGAUCUGACAGCGAGACAACCAAGCUCAGGGUGGUGUUUGACGCUUCUGCCGCGACAACAAAUGGUGUGUCGUUGAACGACUUACAAAUGACUGGCCCUGUCAUACAAAGUGACUUAUUUUCGAUUUUAGUAAGGUUCCGAAAGCACACUUACGUGAUAUCAGCAGAUAUAGCCAAGAUGUACCGCCAGGUAUUAGUGAUUCCUGAGCAAAGACCGCUACAAAGAAUAUUAUGGCGCGAACAGCCGGAGCAACCAAUCGAAACAUUCGAGCUGAACACCGUGACUUACGGUACAACGGCAGCGUCCUUUCUAGCAAUUAGAUGUUUGAAGCAACUUGCAAUCGAAUGUGAGCAGAGCAAUCCCAACAUUGCAAAAAUCAUCAAAGGAGAUUUUUACGUCGACGAUCUGUUGACUGGCGGGGAGACUCUCGAGGAGGUAGUCUCCAUCGCUCGAGGAGUAAGUGACGUUCUAGCCGGUGGAUGUUUUGAACUUCGCAAGUGGAAGGCGAACAAUCACGAAUUUCGCGCAAUAUCAAAAGGUGCAAAUAAACCACCAGCUGAAGUACAACUACACAAAGACGGCAACAAGCGAACAUUGGGUCUGGUUUGGCGCGUGGAAAAUAACAUUUUGACGUACAGCGUGGACCUGCCGAGGAACAACCAAGUUACGAAACGCAGCAUACUUUCAGUGACAUCAAUGAUUUUUGACCCUUUAGGUCUUCUGUCACCUUGUACUAUAAUGGCAAAAAUUCUAAUUCAAAAACUAUGGCUAGAGAAAUUAUCGUGGGACGAAAGUUUGCCAUCAAGUCUGCACUUUCAAUGGACGCAAUAUUAUAAUCAACUCAAGUUGCUUAAUAAUUUCAGAAUUCCAAGACAAGCUAUGGCGCCAAACGCGGCAAAGGUACAGAUACACGGAUUUGCGGACGCUUCAAAAAAUGCGUAUGGAGCAUGUGUCUACGUUCUAGUAGUGGACGUCGAAUCAAAAAUUCAUACUAACUUAUUGUGCGCAAAAACGAAGGUCGCGCCGUUGAAGACUCAAACAAUUCCUCGCCUGGAGCUCUGCGCUGCGUUGGUGCUCGCCAAGCUGAUCUCAACGGUCGAGGGCGCUCUUGAAGCAAGAAUUGAUUCCGUCACUUAUUGGAGCGACUCCACUAUAGUUUUGGAUUGGUUACGCGCUCAGCCGAGCCGUCUGCCAGUCUUUGAAUCUAAUCGCGUGGCUCGAAUACAAGAAUUGAGCAAGGACAGAGUAUGGCGUCACGUACCUACGGAGCAGAAUCCAGCCGAUUUACUCUCCCGUGGAACUCAGCCGCAGGAGCUCAAUUCGACGCUUUGGUGGAAAGGGCCUGCCUUUUUGAUGAGCGGCUCUCAAUUUUGGCCCAAGCGAUUGGCCCACAAGAUAGACUCUACGCCUGUCGAGUUUACGUUUACAGCAACGAGUUCACCGACUAACAUUAUCGAAGAACUCCUUUUACGAUAUUCUAGUCUCUCUAAAGCAAUACGUAUUCUCGCCUAUUGCAUUCAAUUUAUCAGCAAGCUAAAACCAGGAGGAAAAGAAAACGACGUAUCAGACAUUCAGCAACGCAGAUCUGCGAUAAGGUUGAUGAUAAAGCACGUGCAGAGCUCAAGUUUUCGCAAAGAAAUAUCCAUGCUUAAUCAAGGAAGUAAUGUUUUAAAAGGGCCACUAGCUUCAUUGACUUCAUUCCUAGACAAAAACGGGGUCGUAAGAGUUGGAGGUCGAUUGGGGAAUUCAGAGUUCAAAUAUGACAAGAAGCACCCAGUCCUCCUGCCAGGAGGCCACAUAUUUACAAAACGUCUGUUUUCCGAAGAGCAUAUCCUGUGGUUACACGCGAGUCCUCAAUUACUUUUAGCGUCUAUUCGGGAACGAUUCUGGCCCCUAAGGGGAAGAAAUUUAGCUCGCAAAACUGUCAAAUCAUGUACACGUUGUUUUAGAGUUAAUCCGAAAGCAAUGCAGCCACUCAUGGGUCAUCUCCCUCGAGAUAGAGUGACAGCUGCAUUUCCCUUUGAAACUACGGGAAUCGAUUACGCGGGUCCUUUCCAAAUUAAGGAUCGUAAAGGAAGAGGUUGUAAGGUAUCAAAAUGCUACAUAUAUCUGUUCGUAUGCUUUGCCACUAAGGCUAUGCACCUCGAGUUGGUGUCGGACUUAACAGCGGAAGCAUUCGUAGCAACUCUGAGACGUUUCGUAUCGCGUAGGGGAAAACCGUCGCGAAUUUAUUCAGACAACGGAAAAAAUUUCGUAGGCGGAAAUAAUGCUCUCAAAGAGCUUGGUAAGUUUUUGAUCGAAGAAGCAAAGGUCAUAAGUGAAUUGAUGGCAGACUAUGAAAUCGAAUGGAAUUUUAUCCCAGCAUACUCGCCUCAUUUCGGUGGCCUAUGGGAGGCAGGGGUAAAAUCCGUAAAGUACCAUUUAAAAAGAGUCGCGGCCAACGCAUUGUUAACUUUCGAAGAAUUUUACACCUUGCUCGUACAAGUAGAGGCCGUUCUAAAUUCCCGCCCAUUAACUCCUCUGUCAUCCAAUCCUGACGACCUUUUUCCAUUAACCCCCGCUCAUUUUCUUAUUGGUCGGCAAUUCAACUCCGUUGUCGACCCAAGUUUGCAGCAUAUAAAGGAGUUUCGACUCUCUAUUUGGCAAAGAGUGCAGCAAAUUGAGCAAAAUCUGUGGGAGCGAUGGAACAAGGAGUGUAUAUCAGAAAUGCAGCAGCGAACCAAAUGGCGAUCUCCAUUUCCUACUCUGCCACGAGGCACGCUCGUUCUAAUCAAAGAAGACAACCUUCCACCAGCCAAGUGGAGAUUAGGAAGAAUCGAGGAUACGCAUGCUGGCAGCGAUGGCAUAGCUCGAGUUGCGUCUAUACGCACCUCUUCGGGCAUUAUUCGACGCGCAUUUGCGAAAUUGUGUCCAUUACCUUUGGAUGAGGAGAAGACUGUAUGCGCAUAG